CUAGAAACAAGUCGUUACAGCAUGGCUCGGGGACUCUGCAUCUCAAUGGCCAAAACAUGGCUUUUGGUUGCCGGUUUCAUUCUGACCGCGCAGAACACAGGUAAGGCAGACUUUCUGUGUCUCCAUCUGGUUUUUCUCCUAUUCCAUCUUUCUUUCUUAUUUUCCUUUUCUUAUAUAUUUUUUUUUUUCAGAUGCAGCAACUACCAGUGCUCCAGGUAUGUAUUACUCAGGAUAACGCAGACAGAAGAGACAAGGAAUUUCUCUCUUCCUCUGCAGGAUGACACAGCAACACAGAUAGAACAAGCUGAAUCUUUGCACCCCCUACCCCUACCCUCUGCAGGUUGGCACAGUGACACAGACAGAAUGAGCUAUGGGUUUCUAGCGCCCCCUGCAGGUUGGCACAGUGAUACAGGCAGAAUGAGCUAAUGGUUCAUAGCGCCCCCUGCAGGGUGGCACAGGGACACAGACAGAAUGAGCUAUGGGUUUGUAGCGUCCCCUGCAGGAUGACACAUUGACACAGACAGGAUGAGCUAUGGGUUUGUAGCGCCCCCUGCAGGUUGGCACAGUGAUACAGGCAGAAUGAGCUAAUGGUUCAUAGCGCCCCCUGCAGGGUGGCACAGUGACACAGACAGAAUGAUCUAUGGGUUUGUAGCACGCCAUGCAGCUUGGCACAGUGAUACAGGCAGAAUGAGGUAAUGGAUGGUAGCGCCCCCUGCAGGAUGACACCACGACACAGACAGGGUGAGCUAAUGGUUAGUAAUGCCCUCUGCAGGAUGACACAUUGACACAGACAGAAUGAGCUAUGGGUUUGUUGUGCCCCCUGCAGGUUGGCACAGGGACACAGACAGAAUGAGCUAUUGGUUCGUAGCGCCCCCUGCAGGGUGGCACAGUGACACAGACAGAAUGAGCUAUGGGUUUGUAGCGCCCCCUGCAGCUUGGCACAGUGAUACAGACAGAAUGAGCUAUGGGUUUGUAGCACCCAUUGCCAGUUGGCACAGUGGCACAGACAAGGGGCCUAUGUAUAUGGUGAUAAUGACAUGUUUUUUCCGUGGCUGAAUGUUGAUUCUCCCUUCUCUUGUCACAGCUCCGGUCCCUGGCUGGGGAAUAGCUCUUUUGGUUUUGGUGUCAAUCAUUUUGGCCUGUCUCCUGCUAUCUAUGUGCUGUUUGGUAAGUUCGAUGGUCUUAUCUUCCAUUUAUCUCUAUCUGCAGGUUUGAGUUUUCUACAAAUUCUGUGAACUCUGUAUCAUUUGAAUCUGCUUAGAGCUGGGCAGCCACGAAAUGCCAGUUUUGGUACUCAAUUUCAUGGCCAUUUUGAAACAUGGCAACUGAGACCUAUAGUCAUCUAAUGGCAUCGACCUCUGGUAAAGGAACACUUUAGGCAUCAUAAGAUCUUCACUAAAAUGAUGUUGUGUUGGUGCAAGAGGUGCUCAAGAGCCAGAUUACCUCAAGGGGUUAAACCCAGGGGCAUACCUAGAGCAUUUGGCACCUGGGGCGGAUUCAAUUUUUGGUAACCCACCACCCCCCAAACUUUAAAAAAGAAAAGAAAAAAAAAUGUUUUUUUUUUUUUCAAUUUAUAAUUUUUUUUAUUGAAUUCUUUGUUAAAAUAAGCUUAGCGGUUACAGAAAAGCAAGGUACAUGUUAGUAAGUAUCACACGUGCUAGACAUCGCACACAUUUAGUACCAGCAAGUACAAUAUUUACAAAGGUACAACAAUGAUUGCAGGUUAUAGCAGGGUACAAUUUUUUGUACACGUUGCGUAUUUAGCUUAUGUGUUAUUACUUUACGGUGUGUGGUCAUUGUGCGUGUAGUAGGUAUAUCAGGUAAAGCUGCGUUUUAGGUGUAGCUCUAUUUAAUACUACAAUUUUAGGAUUUGUGCCACAAGAGGCCUGCUCACCCCUGCUUUCGUCCUUCUCCUAAGGCGGUGCAAUUUGUACCUCAACUCUGGUUAACCCCUAAGAUAGAAAGGUUACAUAGAAACAAAGGGGGUAUGUAAGGGGGGUUUCACUCCAGUGACUCACUUGAAACUGUGAACUUAUUUUGCAUCUUGCAUAUCUUUAACUAACCUAAUUAAGAGGACUAAAAUGUCUGCCUUGGGCCAGAUUUCCCUGUGGUCACUCCGUCCAACCCCAUCCCUGGGUGGGUAAAUUAAACAUAGUGGUUAUAAAAAGACAAAGGGCCUAUUAGUAAGCAUCUCAUGUGCCAUGCAUCGAACACCCUGGUGCCAGCAUGCUCAAAUUUUAACAUGGUACAGGUAUAUCAAGGGUGCAUGAUAUGAUGUAGUGCAACUUGUAGUUAUGAAUCACUUGCGUAGAAACACGUUAUAUUGCCUGAUCCUUAUACAUGUAAAAGGUACACCAGGUAGAGCUAUGUUAUGGGCCUUGCACUAAUACUUCAGCUGCAAAGGUUGUAACGUGAGAAGCUUUGUCGUCAUCAGUACCCUUGAUUGGUAGGAAAAAGAAAAAAAGAGAAAAAGGAGGGGGAAAGUUAGAGGGAGGGUUAGUUUCACUCCAUAGACACACUUGAAAUCCUGAGCUAAUUUUACCUCAAAGAACCUUUAGCUAACAUGACUAAGAUGACUGCCCGUCCCACUAUCUAUCCAUCCUAAGUCCUGGGAUGGUCAGAGCGAGUACAAUGCACCUAGUUGUUCAUUCACCACCUUGGUUGGUAAACAGUGCCUAGGAAGCUAGUAAAUUAGCGCAGUGCCUCUAAUACAUUUAACUCGCCAAUCAAAAUCGUACUUGGUUUGUAAGAUUUGCUUAAGUUGUUUGGGUAAAUUGAUGGGUAAUGCCUGUGUUUUGGACGUAUUAUUUUUAUAAUAUGAAAUUUGACCAUAUAGGGAAAGCUGGUGCAUUAAUGGUGGUAAGGAGUUAAGCGGUUCGCACAAAAAUAUCAAAAUGUCAUUUGCAAAUACCGAUAGUUUUUUUUCCCCAGCCGGGGUCGACAGGCCUUUAAUUACUGUAGUGGAUUUAAUGCUACGUAUUAGAGGUUCUAAGCAAAGAAUAAAUAUAAGUGGUGAGAGAGGGCAACCUUGCCGCGUACCAUUGGAGAUAUGGAAUGCAGAUGACAGGAAACCAGUAUUAAAUACCUUUGCCGUGGGGUUGGAAUAGAGUACCUAAAUGCUCCGGACAAAGGCCUUGGAGAAGCCCAACCUGGAGAGUGUAGAAUCAAUAUAGGACCAGUUUAAACAGUCAAAGGCCUUCUCUGCUUCCAAAGCCAAAAUAAUGCCUAUUGUUCACCCAUUCUAUCAGGUCCAAUGCUAAUCGGGUAUUGUCCCCCACCUACCGGUUCGGGACAAACCCUGCUUGUUCAGCCGAGACUAGCUGCGGGAGUAAUGGUUUGAUUCGGGGUGCAAGGAGUUUGGCGUAUAGCUUAAGGUCUGCAUUGAGCAGCGAUAAUAAUGUAUUUAACACUGAGCAGUAUGUGUGUGUUUUGUAUUUUUUUAAAUCUAUUUAUAAUGUAUUUAGCAAUGAGCAGUGUUUGUGUGUUUGAAUGUAAGCAUGUUUUUGUAUGAAGUAUGUGUGAGUGAAUGUGGAGGUGUGUUUGUAUGUAGUGUUGGCAUUUGAUUGCAGGCAUACAUCUGAUGUGUGUAGUGUGGUUUUUCAAUGCAGUAGGGUGUUUAUAUAUAAUGGUGGUGUUUUAAUACAGAGUGUGUUUGUAUGUAGAGUUGAUGUUUGAAUGCAGGAGUGUAUUUGUGUGUUGUGUUGACAAGAUGCGAGAUGUAUGCACCUAUAUACAUACAUGCACAUAUACAUACACUGAUACACAUGCAGGUGCAUAGACGCACAGAUGCACAAUGGCAGACAGAUACACACACACACAUACACUGACACACAGAUACACACACCCACACACCCAGAUUCACAUAUACAUAGGUACACACAGACACAAAUACAGACACACAGACACAAAUACAGACACACAGAUACACACACUGACACACACAGAGAUACACAUAUACAGACACACAGAGAUACAAGUGCACACACUGACACAGAUACAGAUGCCUAGGGCCAUCGGAAGCAGUGCCCUGGGCACCCACCCAAUGAAUAGCACCCGGGGUGGACUGCCCCUUAAUACACCACUGGUUAAACUGUUAACAAAUAGUUAAACUGCACAGUACUAAAUUUGGCAUGUGAUCACCAUGUCCCUCUCCUUCCGUCACAGUCUGAGUCAGUUGCUAUGUAUAUGGUAAGAGUAAUACAUGUAGAACAUGUUUGAUUCAUACAGGUUCCAUGCAGAGUACUAUGUAGAACAUAUGUGAUACGUACAGGUUACAUGCAGAGAACUAUGUAGAACAUGUGUGAUACAUACAUGUUCCAUGCAGAGUACUGUAGCAGAGCUCCCUGUACCCCAACUGGAUACCUCCACCAAGGAUCACUUCCUAGCUGGAACCGGGGAAAACCUCAGUGCUUCUGCCCCAGUUGUCGUGGCUUGACUGGGGUCCUCCUGGAACUUCUCCAUCCUGGAACAGUUUCCUCCCAGGGAUUGGAUGACACACAGUCCUGGGAGCUAUAGUCCUUACAAGGACUUUUCCCGCCGAAUCAUCCACGAGCUAGUGCAAGGCAAUGAGCAAUCAAUGGCCCUUUCCCUCCCAGUAACUAGACGACACAUAGUCUGGGAGCACAACUGAUUUUAAUGAGCCAAACGUGGCCUUUUAUGCACAAUACAAUUCAAGCACAAGCCCCAAACAAUACAAUCUAAGCCAGGAAUCUCUGGGCAUGGGAGAAAAUUGAGUUAAAGAUCAGUAAGUGAAUUAUCGCCAGGAACAGAGAGCCAAACACUAAAACAUAAAAACAUAAAAGUACCCUAAAACAUAAUAAAAACAUACAAUAACCCCAAUGUCUUACAUGCCCAAACAGCAUCUGAUCUGAUCUGAGUGCUCAAGUUGUCCAAAGCAAGAUCCAUUCAGUGUAGGGGAAAUGCCAUUGGGACAAAGUUCUGACCAGCUAUACUCGUGGUCGUAAGCCCAAAAUAUUUCCAGAGCGUUUGGCGAUUUUGACGGGCAACUUUCGGGAGGUACUACGUCCGAAAUACGGGGUGCUCUACCUGGUUCUCAAAGAAUGUUUGUUCCUCUUAGUCUCAGGCAUCUUGCCUCCAAAAAGUGCACCCCUGGCAGGUCACAAAGUGGUUUAAAACCCCAGACCAAGUUACCCAGGAACCACAAGGUCACCUAGCCGAAAACAGUUCCAUAACAUUCGCGGCUAAGUACCGCUGAGGUGACUGGAAACCACGAAGUCCUCAUGCUGAAAUUAGUUCCAUAGCGGUAAUGGCUAAGUACUGCUGAGGACCGUUUGUGCGUUUGGUCAUGCAAACAGCAUACAGGUUCCAUGCAGAGUACUAUGGAGAACAUGUGUGAUACAUACAGGUUCCAUGCAGAGUACUAUGGACAACAUGUGUGAUACAUAUAGGUUCUAUGCAGGGUACUAUAAAGAACAUGUGUGAUACAUACAGGUCCCAUGCAGGGUACUAUGGAGAAAAUAGCGAGACUGUAAUGUGCAGAGACUAAUCAAUAUGUUACGAGUAUUAGUCUGAUGUCGCUUUAAAAUUCAUAGAGGUGGCAAUAAUCUGUAAUGAUGUCACGGGGCAUUAUUUAAAAACUUGUUGCUAUGCUCCUAGCGCUCACCAAAGGACCAUCAGCACCAUAGACACUAUAAGCACUGCAGACUCCACGAACCGCCGCUGCUGGGCUAGGAUCUCGCCGUCUGCUAUCCUUCCUGGACCUAUGACCAGGCUCCAGGUUCCAGUAGGUGAACCUCUUCCUUUUGUAGAGCGAAGGAGGAUCAGGAACAAGAGCUCUUUCAAGAGCUGAGUAGACAAGGGAGUAUGAAGAGCAUAGCAAUCCCUGUAGUGAUUAAAGCUGUCCCUUCAAACAUGAGUCAGGGCUGCAAGUUAGAGGGUCAAGUCAUUCUCAUUUAUUUGGCACCAAAGGGCCUUCUUUUAUGCAGGUUUUCCUUACGUAGGACCACCCACAGGGUUUUACAGAACAACCAAUAACACAGGUACAUUACAGAAAACACUCCCAGCAAUUACACACAAAAUCCUCCCUACUGCCUGUGAUAUAAUUAUGGUACACAAUGGUUAACAUAAUUAUCAUAGGCAGAAAAAAUAAAGUUUUUAUACAUGUGCUAAAACUUUAAAACCAUACAUCCAAUCUUCACAUAUUAUUAAUCAGCAUCCUUUAAAUAUAAACAUACUCAAAAAUCACAAAAAUCCGUCCAGUAGAUCAAAAGUUAGCUGGAAGUCCUUUAUGACCGACCAUAAGCACAUUUUAAUGCCCAAAACAGUUCCAUAUAUUUGGGCUGUGCGGUCAGUCUAUUUCAGGCUGAAAAAAUGACUUAGUCUCUGCAGCUUAAAGUUCAGUAUGGGAGAAGGUACAGGUCAACGGUGUUCUCAGAAAUGUGCAGCCGAUUUUAGUUCCAUUAAUUUGGCUGCACACACCGCUGACCGUAUUUGAAUGAAUAAAGAUGGCGCCGCGACGUGUUUGUUUGCGUGAACGGCAGCCACCCAGCGUUCGGCAAUUUACCUACAGCAAUCCCACAACCUGGAAGGUAAAUUGCCUGCACACUUCCACUUCUGGGUGGUCCACCUGUGUGGUACUUGGUUCAGUGAUCCCUUUUUUCUGAGCCAAGUGUAAAGAAGCCAGGAACAAAAUACUUUUAACAAGUUUAGGGACACCGUCUUAAAGGGGCAUUGUCCCAAUUUUCUCUAUGUCCCAAAAAUGUGCUUAAAGGGCCAGCACCAGUCCCAUAAAAAGUCCAUAAGCCCCAAUAUGCUCACAGACUGUUCUUAAAGGGCCAUACACACCCAGUCCAUAGUUAUGGGGGAGGAGGCUGGAAAAUAGGCUCCUCCAUAAUCCAUUGAAGCAGGGCAAUUUGUAACACUCCUAAUCCCUCUGGCCAUUCUAGAUUCAAAGUCCCUUCUAAUUGGUAAAGUGGCUGUAUCACAGAGGUUCUAGAUUUACAAUUCAUGUUGACUGUAACCUGUUUUCAUUUAUUCUGACUGUGGAACGCAUGGUAUAAUCUUAAACUAACCUUAGACAUUAUUACAAUAGUUUUAAUCACUGUAUCGUGUUAUGUUUUCUUUUCCAGCCUUUCUUGUGCUGUAGAAGUAGCAGCGGAGACAACAAUCAAAAUGACCAGACAUUUUACAUGCCUCAUUUCCGACUCAGCAAGAGGAGCGCACAGAAUUAAAUUUUAAACCAGCUGGUAUUCGUAAAUGACUAUCUGAAAGUGCCAUUGGUCCAGGAGUAAAGCAAUGCACCGUGGGCCCUAAUUUAUUGCCAUCCUCUAUUCAUAGUUAACAUUGAGGUUAACAAAUAAUGGGGAAUGUCUUCUUACAGUGCCAAUAAUUUACCCAAAGUCAUAGACUCCCCCACCUCUUAAAUCUCAUACCGAAAGUGCCAGGAAUGAUGGAAUAGAGCCCCCUACUGCCCCUUCCCCCCGCCAUAUCUAUAUCAGGGCUUGUUUAUUAGAUUAUAAUAAUUAUGUGAGGAUCUCGUUUAACGAUUGUCUUAAAGGGACCAGCAAUGCUUAAAUAGAAAGGGAUGAUACAUUUUUAUAAAUAUAGAUUUUAUAAAAAAGCACCUUUUGAGAAAUGAAAAUAUAUAUAUGUAAAAGUCAAGUUACGAUUCCCUAUGUAACUGUGUGCCAUGUGAAUUAUCCAUUAUCAAUGGGUUGAUUCAAUUCUAGACGGACUGUGAUAUAAAGAUAAUACUUUCAUUUGCCUUUACCGGGAAAACAUGUACACGUUUACUUUGUGCCUGUGAUUUCACAGAUUGUCCCAAAAUGUAUUCCUGUAGCAAAGAAAUGUAGAAGGAAUAUUGAUAAAUAUUAAAGUUUUUCAAUGUGCUAUCUUAUGUAGAAACACUUUAUAUGACGGAAUUUCGAGCAGUUUGAUUUAUGAUUUUUUCUGAAUUUUCUCGCUUGGAUUUUGCAAUUCAUUGUGGAUCCCAAAACGAUAUUUAUGAUUGUUAAGUUCUUUUAAUACCUCACUGAUAAUGUCAGCAUGUUUUCUAUAAUGUAUUUUCCCAUUUUGUGUAUUUUCAUCAUACUUUAAAACAAGAAGAUUUGGCCAAUUUUAUAUAUAUUUUGGAAUUAGAAAACUCAUUAAAAUAACCUUUUUAAAGCAUUGCUAUGAAUCCCCCUCCUUUGUUCUCUUUCUCUUUAUCACUCAG